AUCCCUGUCCUAUUUUAUUUCCGAUACAACAAACGCCACAUAUUAACCUUAAAAUUUCUCAAUAGAUCAUGAAAGUUAUUUGAAUUUAAUUAACAUAAGUUUAUUGUGGUAAAGUGCAAUGAGACAGAAAAUUGUAUUCCAGUGAAUUACUUGCAACAAUACCCUAGCAAAAUGUGCAGUGCUUUGUUAAUUUUGAUGUUAUGGGGACAAGCGUUUGUUGAAAGCAUACGGAUAUUAGAGCUGCGAGUACCCGGUCAUGCGGCAGAGGGUGGACAGGCGUUACUCGGCUGCCAAUACGAUUUAGAGGGCGAUGAUCUAUACACUGUCAAAUGGUAUAAAGAUGGCCGCGAGUUCUACCGCUUUAUACCAUCAAAUUCCGAACCAUCCAUCUAUUUCUCCAUGCCAGGAGUGUUCGUUGACUUAACCAAAUCAGCAAGCACAGUUGUGGCCCUGGACCAAUUGACUCAGGAAUCGGCUGGCCGUUAUCGCUGUGAGGUAUCAGGAGAAGCCCCAUAUUUUGUCACGGUGUCUGAAGAAAAAGAUAUUAUUAUCCAUCUUCUCCCUAACAGUGGUCCUCGACUGUCUGAGCUGAACAAUGAAUACCAAGUAGGUGACAGGCUCGUUGUGAAUUGUACUUCAUCGAGAUCGCGUCCUAGGACACAGCUAAAGUGGUUAAUAAAUGACGAACCGGUGAGCUUUGAAUAUUUGCGAGGUCCGUGGGAAAGAAUCUCGAGAGAACGAGCGGACGCAAGAGAAACAACCCUUGAACUUGAUUUAAAAUUAUCGCCGAAGCAUUUUCGUAGGGAAGUGCUCACUCUCAAAUGUCAAGCAUCAAUCGCGCCUCUAUAUCAAAACGAGGUAAUACGGUAUAUCCGACAAAUUCAGCAUCCGUUUACGUUUAAUUCUGAAGAAAAUUUUGAUAAAAUUGUGGAUUUUGAGGAGAACUCAUAUCAAAAUAUCAUUCCUACAGCUGUGUCUCAAAACGAUAUUAUGACAGAUGGUGUUUCAAUGAAAAAACCAUCCAUCUGGAUCUUAUUUCCAUUGUUAUGUAGAUUUUUUUAAUGUAUUUUUUGUAAUUAUUAUAAAGACUAUAUUUUUAAAUUAUAUAAAAAGUGAUACAAAUAUUUUUCAGUAAAUAUAUGUAUGUAUAUGCAUUUCAAUUAUGCAUUUAGAAUAUUUACUAUUGAUUUGUUAGAUAUUUUCAGUCUGCUAACUUUGACGCACUUCUUUCUAUGAUAGACAGUGAUACUGUUUUUCAUUCCCAAAACUAUAGCCAAUUAAAUCAAAAUGUGUUAUUAAAAAAAAUAAAAUAAAAACAAAAAGAAACAUAUAAUACAUUUAUUAUAAUUAUAAAGCUACCGC